CAUGAGUUCAUAUAUGCCAUAGGGCGUCUACUUUGCCUCGAGGCUGCCCACUUCUGAUAGGCCGAAAUCCGGGGCGCAGCUGUACACUUAAGGAAGGAUGAAAAGAUAGUAAUGGAAGCUGAUGGAAGGCAUUCUCGAAACCCAACACGCUUAGGAUGAGCAACGCCCACCCGCUCUUUUCGCGCCCAACUGUCACCGAGUAACGGAGCUAUGAUAACGGAAACCUUGAGGGACCCACGGUGACUGUCUUUCUAACCUGGAGUUUCAGAUGACGGGUGAGCCAGUGGCGGAGAGUACUUGUGGCGGAACACUGGAAAACGUGUGACAAGUUCCAUAGGGAUGUGAGACGCUGUGAGACGUGGAUUCGGAGGUUCGUGAAUCCUUUGCCACCAGCAUUGUAAAAAGCAACGAUGAGUCUACCUAGGCUACUACAAAGGUUCAGUCUCCUGGUUGACUUGUCAUACGCUUUCAAGGUCGCCUUUCUGCCUACGAUCAAACGGAUUUUCCAUGAACCAUCGCUUCUUCUCCAUCCAAGGACGCUGUCAUACAUUUUCAUGUCCCAUGUAUGGUCCUUCUUUGGACCAUGCAUAGACGAGAACUCCGCUGCAGAGAAAGCGAAAAUUAUUACUCCCUACGCCCAGGGCGUAGUUCUCGAUGUCGGGGCUGGACAUGGUCAUAAUAUCAAAUACCUCGACAGAGCAAGAGUGACGAAAUAUGUCGCCCUCGAACCUAACGUACUUAUGCACCCAAAUAUACGGCGUACAGCUUAUGCUGCAGGGUUGAACGAAGCUGAUGGAAACUUGGUCGUCCUCGCUUGCGGGGCUGAAGAUACCGCAUCCAUCAUGACCUCUCUGGGAGGUUACCAACCUGUCGACACAGUCGUGUCCACGUUAACACUUUGCUCGGUUCCCGAACCUCAGCGAACCAUCAAGUCACUCGUCAGCGACGUACUGAAGCCUGGCGGCGAACUGUUGUUCUUCGAGCAUGUGCAGAACUCCCGCCCGCACAUUGCACGGUGGCAGCGGUUCUGGUCACCGCUUUGGAGCAGAACGUUCGGUGGCUGUAGGCUUGACCGCCCAACGCAUGUGUGGGUACAGGAGGUCGGUGGGUGGGAGAAGGAGGAAGUAUGGGCGUCGGACGGUGAAAGCGAAGAGCAUCUGUUCUUGCAUCGUUCAGGCAGGUUCGUCAAAUCCGCUUAAAGCGGGAUUUUCGUUCCCCCCU